GUAGGGCCGGGUGGGAAUAGUUAGCAAAGCGUUAUCUGAAGGCCCUGCUGGCAUUUCCCUUGACAGUGCUAAUCAUUUGUUUGGAAUAAGUUUAAUGACUUUUUGCCGCCUUAUCUCUUUGAAACCCAUACGUGUAUUUUGUGGCAGGGAGUCAGUGGCUUGCAGGCCUUGUUCACGCCGCUCCUCCGGCAGACUCCACUGCACCAGGCGCAGAUCCGAGUGGCUUCCCCCCACUGUCGUGAGGGGUGUUUAGAACCACCGUGGAGGGGCCGUUCUCCUAUUUCUGGGCUCCUUUGUGGAACACAGUUUGAAAAGCACAAGUGUUUUAAAAAAAGACGAUUUACUAGUAGGUUGUUUUUGAAUACCUCUGUUAUGUGACUGGUGUCCUGCAGUGUGGCGAGCCAAUGGCUCUGGUACCUGUUCCUGGAGAGCCCUGGAAACAGACAGCCCUGGCUCCUCACCCACGGAUGGCCAUUGAGUUCCUCCAGGAAGUGAGCUCUUCAGCCAAGUGGGUCCUUACUCACUGUUUAAUUGUAUUUGGGACUUUUUCUAAGAUGGGUUCUCUGUGUCUCCCCAUGUGAUUCAAUGGAGACUGUUGGAUUAAUUUAAUCUUACGCUGUGAGGUGAUCCUUAGGAGCGUUAGUUAUUCUUUCUGUGAUCCUCUGGGGCUCUGCAGCAGUGAAGAGCUGUUUCCUUUCUUCUGACGGGCCCUAGACCACAAUACUUUCACUUUAAAAAGCUGUUUUCCUGUGUUUCUUUCACGGGUGCUUUGCCUGCAAGUUGUUAGUGUGACCAUCUCCAACGGCAGCUCUGCAGUCCUGAUGGCUCCAGGUAGAGACCAGAAAACCAGGAUAUCACACUCCAGAGGAGCUGUACCCAAACCCGCAGUAUUUCCGCUAGAAAGCCCCAGAUUUUGAGUAUUUUAUUCAGCAAGUCCACAGAGUCACACUUAUGGAUUGUCUCUACAACCUCCAGGAAGUCUUCCUGCCUGGAGUUACAAGUCCUUGGAGAUCUUUUUAUGGGAGAGUGGGCAUUUGAUUAGCAUCUGCUUUACUCACUUCUGGACUAAAUUGUCUGCUUUCAUGAUUUAUUGUGUAUAGAUCCUUAGAGAACCUUCUCUUGAAGUUUUAUAGAUAACACACACUUGUGACAACAAGUACAUAGAACUGUUUUUGAGGAAACUCGUGACCCUGCCCUGGGCACACCCUGUGUGGUGGGGGGCAGCCGCCCCCUGCUUACCAGCGUCCCGGCAGCCCCGGGAGCCUCUGACCUUCAGGGACAACCUGCAGCCCUUGCCAGAGAGAACCUGCAGCCCUUGCCAGAGAGCGCGGCGCCCACCGCCGCUGCGUGAUCACAGUGUGGCCUAGAGAAGGUGCCGUCGAGGGCCUCCGGAGGAGUGCCUGGUGCGCACGGUUUGUCGGAGAGUGAACAUCGCCAGCUUCGCACUGAGCUGGGCCAGCCCUUUGGCGCCGUGGGUGCUUGGGCCACGUCUGAGCCCUUCGUGCAGUGAUUUUGGCCUUAUUGCUGGCUGGUGAGGGGCUUUUGAAGAAAGUCUGAUGAAAUAAUUUCCUCUCGGGCUGUUUGUUGUUGAGGACACUGUUGACUGUGGCACGCGGAACCUUCCGGAGGAGCAGAGGCUUUGUCCAGAGGGCCUUUGCUUCUGUGCAGGGAGUGCAUUUUGUGCCCUUGCCUCGUGGUCAGCUCCCUCUUUGGCCUCUUUGAUUCUGCUUUUUUCCUUCUUUAUCUGUUAUUGUUCCUUCAUCUUGAUUUUUUUCAUGGGGCUUGUAAAAAUACUGGUUUUUAAAGAAUGAAGCGUGGUAUCUUUGAAGAAAGAUAAUUAAUGCUUAUUAAAAUUGACCUAAAGAAUUUAUGGCAAUAAGGGCCUCAAGUGACUUGGUAAUGUAUUGAGCUCUAGUGUGUGGACUGUGUGGCACCCUCUUAGCCAGGAUGGCUGUAGGUUGACAAAUAACUAUUUACUGUUGAGACUGUAGGUGUGUUGGUGGUUUAUGUAACCUGUGGUCAGCGCCCUUAUUAAUUCAGACAUUUCCAGUCCAGGCUCUGUGCUGGCCAGUGUGGAAACAAGGAAGCAGCUGUGAGCCUGCCCUUAAAGAGCUUGGAGCAUUAAAUCACAAACGGGCUCUACAAUAAGGAAUGUUCUCAAGGAAAAGUCGAAUCCCGUGCUGGUAUGUGUCAGCUUGUGCAGCUUUGAUGUUAGUUACUGAAGCGUGGCGUGGCGGGAGAGAGAAGCUGUGCACCUGCCUGCCAGGUAAACAGCAGGUGUGUGGGAGGCCGUGCUGAACACCAGCAGCAGCACACGCCUGUCAGCUGUAAUCACCAUGGAUGUUUCAUCAUAGUCACCGUCUGCCGGAGUCAUCCCGACUGUCCGAGGUCAGGUGACGCGGGAGCUGUCCUACCUGACACCCGAGGGAGGACACUCAGGUGCUCAGGAGCCUUGGCUUGCCCCUGGGCUUCACGUCCCCUUCUUCCAUGCUGCACCCUCUCCGUAGGCUGUUCCAUCCUAGAGAUUACCAGUGUCGGGGAAGCGCAUAGAAUGGUGGUAUAGAUAAUAUCCAAGUGGUAUAAAAUUAGUUUGAUUUGAAAAUAUUCUGACAAGGUGACAUCUGUCAGAAAGUAGAUCUGAAUUAGUUUAUCAAAUGAUUUCCUUCUUCCCCACUGCACCUGCUUUUUUUUGUCUGUCAUUCUUUGAGAGAUAUUGCAGUUCCCCAAAGAGAGAAGAUUAAAAAAAAAAAAUUAGGGAAUGUGUUUGGUAAUAGGGUAAGGACUAAAAAACAGUGUCCCAGGCUACCUUGCCCCUUGGGGUUGGUGUGGGGGAUUGUGUUUGCUUGUGUUUAAGUGAUGUCUGAAUAGCUUUGUCUUUACCCUGAUAGUUUAGUUAGAAUAAUGUCUGUGUUGGCUGGCAUUCCAUGGGGGUUCUAAAAAGCAGGAGAAAAAAGAGUUAUUAAAGAGAAUGAAAAUCAUUCCAGUAAUAAUCGUAGUACUCUCAUUAUUGCUUUGUAGAUUUUAGAAUUAAAAAUCUUAGAGGAACUGUAAUGAAAGAACUUGGAAUAGAAUACAAUCUAAAGUUAGUACCCCAACUUGAUGUUCUAAAAUUAGGUAGUGAGAGGUUUUUAAAAUUCUAAACACAGUUCAGGCAGUGCCCUAAAGUAAUCGUCUACUGAAAGUUUGUCUUGUAAGGAAGGAAAUUACUUUUUCAUCCUAAUAUCAAGAAGAUGAAUUAGUAGGUUCUUUUAGUGAAGUCGUUUUGUUCUUCACUAUUGACAUCUGCACCGUGUAAAAAAUUACUCAAUUAAAAACACAUUUAAGUCUAAAACUUGGGAAAUGAUCACUGUUUUAAUUGAAUCCUUUAAACUGGUAAUUUGUAUUUCAGAUGGGUUUUUGUUUCUUCUGCUUUUUACUUAAUGGAAAGCCAUGGGACCUUUUCACUUUCUUAGUUCUGUGAGCAUAUAUUAUUUACCUUUGUUGUAGUUCUUUUGAUUUUUAAGUAUUUCUGAUCUUAUCUGUUCAAUAAAGGCCUCUGAACUGUGUAAAUGGAUUUUGAAGCCCAUCUGCCUGAAAAUAUGUAGGUUUUAAGAAAUUGUGUGUAUUGCCCAAUUUAUCUCCAUUUUCAUGUUUUCUUUAAAGUUAAUUCUAAAGUGGAUUGUAUGAAAUCAUGAAAUACCACAUACCUGCUAUGUAGGAAUGGGCACAUCUUCAGUUUUCGAUAUGGUUUUUAAAACAAUGCACACGUGAAAGCUGAGAACAACAACACAACUGCAGUAUGUCAGUUGCCUCGGGAAGCAUGCUUUUUGUGUUUAGGGAAGAGAGAGUCUGGAGGAAAGGUACAAAACAAUGUCAAGGUUCUCAUAUACUAUCUUAGAAGACAGAUGCACUUGUUGGCAGCCUGUCUGAGCUGGUGUUGUCGGCCUUGGCGUCCCCAGUGCACCCCAGGCUGCCACUUCCAUCUUCUUCGUGGCUGACUCUGCGGUUGGGGGACCUUGGUGAUGGCCUGGUGGUCAAGCUCGUUUCUCCUGUGCUGCCAGCAGCUGAGCGACGUGUGGUCUGUUUGUGCGUCACAGUGGAUGCUUUUCCGUGCUGCCUUCUUGGUGUUCGAAGUCUUUGGUUUGGCUUCGGUUUUGGAGGGCGGGAGCUUCCUUCUUCGCUUUUGGCACCAUCUUCAUGAAAAGCAGUACCAUUUUAUUUUAAUGCAUUUUUUUUUGUGUUGGCUACAAAUUUUUGGAAAUGCAGUAUGUAACCAUUGGCUGAUAUCUAUAUAACACAGUACUGCCUUUUUAUCUUAAACAUAAAACAGGGAAGGUUAUGGCUCUUUAAGGUUGGAAUGUUUAAAAUUGUUGGAUGUUAAUUUGAAGAUGUUCGAGGCUCUCCAGGGCUGGCUUGGGGGUGCUGAUGUGAUCCUGGGGGCCUGUGGCCUCAGCAGAGUGGAAGCAGGAAUUACGAUGUAGUGUGGUCUCUGUAUGACAUGUGCUUUUGAUACAUUUUGGGAAAAUAAGAGUUUUACAAGAUAAGUCACUCCAGGCCACAAUGGAAAUGUGUACGAUUUAAAGAAAUCUGAAAUGAAUUCCUUUGUAGACCCUUAAUGAGUUAAUGAUAAUGUAGAUUUUUGUUGGUAUUGGGAAUUGGGCCAGCCCAUGCUUGUUUCGGUUUCUUCUUCUGCAGGUGCUUUGUGCUUUGUCUUUUGCGGCCAUGGGAUGCGGUUGCCUCUGCCAGCCCUCCUCUGCCGGCUGCUCCCUGGGCCGGCCUCACCCCCGGUUCCGAGGGCUCAGAGCCAGCUGCCGGAUGGCCGUCCCCACGCUCUGCUGCUGACCGGGAGGCAGGUUGCAGCGUGUGGGCCCAGCUCCGGUACCCCCACCCUCACCCCUGGAGCUCCAGUCAAACGAGUGCCCUUUCUUCUGUUCACCUUUUUUUUUUUUUGGCUGUAGUUACAGACUUAGAGAAAAGUUGCAAGAAAAGCACAAAGGAUUCUUAUGUAGCGUCACCCAGUUUUCCCACACGUGAGCGUUUUACCAGGUUUACUUUUUCCUUGUCUCCCUCUGCAAACACAUCACUGUUUCUCUGAACAGAUUGGGAGUAAGUUUCACAUGUGGCAUCACUUCACCUCUCAACACUUCAGUUUCCUAAAAACAAAGGUGUUCUCUUUCAUAACCACCAUGCAGUUAUCCAAAUGCUGUUUCAGUUAUUCUCUGCCUUGCAGGCCUUAUCAGAUUCCCCUGAUAGUCCUUUGUAGCCAAAGAAAAGCUUGGGUCAUAUGAUGUAUUCAGUUGUCAUAUCUCUUUGGUGUCCUUUAGUCUAGAGCAGCUUCUCGGUCUUUUCUUUCUUUUUCUUAACGUUAAUGUCUUUGAAGUGUUCUGCUCCGCUAUUUUUUGAAACGUCCGUCCGUUUGGAACUGGUUUUGUGUUUUCGGUUGGGCUAUCCAUAAGUGAAGAUGUGUUUCCUGAGUCCACCCUCUCAAGCUGGCCCUUUCUCCCACUCCAGCCGUGUCACCUGUAGGUCACCCGGUGUCUGCCGGGAUCCCAUCCUGAAAGGUUACCAGUUCUGUUCUCAUUGCCGAGUGUCUUGUGAGAGACAGUAUCUUCCAUUCCCACCAGAGUCCGAGCUACCUUCUGUAGCGCCUGCUGAAGCUCGUCUGCGUCUGUGCUGGUGAUGGCUGCCCAGUGUUGGUACUCGCAGUGCCCUCGUUCUUUGUACGUUGACUGGCCUUCUCCUACAAGGAAGCGCUGUCCUGCUGAGGCUGGAGGGAUGCAGCCACCCAGUGGUGAUGAAGGGCUUGUGUGCUGAAUGCGGCCAAGACUUAACCCAGCUGCCGAGCAAGAAUGGCACCCCGCGCGCGCCCCUGUCGACGGCCACCGUGUCGAUGGUGCACAGCGUGCCCGAGCUCAUGGUGAGCUCCGAGCAAGCUGAGCGGCUGGCAAGGGAAGACCAGCAGCGGCUGCAUCGGAACCGGAAGCUCGUGCUCAUGGUGGACCUGGACCAGACCCUGAUCCACACGACGGAGCAGCCCUGCCCGCGGAUGUCCAACAAGGGCAUAUUCCACUUCCAGCUGGGCCGGGGGGAGCCCAUGCUGCACACCCGCCUGCGUCCUCACUGCAAGGAGUUCCUGGAGAAGAUCGCCAAGUUGUACGAGCUGCACGUCUUCACGUUCGGAAGCAGGCUGUACGCGCACACCAUUGCUGGAUUUUUAGACCCUGAGAAGAAGCUUUUUUCUCACCGAAUAUUAUCGAGGGACGAAUGUAUUGACCCAUUUUCUAAAACAGGGAACCUCAGAAAUCUCUUUCCUUGUGGAGACUCAAUGGUUUGCAUCAUUGAUGACCGGGAGGAUGUCUGGAAGUUUGCCCCCAACUUGAUAACUGUGAAGAAAUACGUGUACUUCCAGGGCACAGGUGACAUCCACGCCCCGCCCGGGGCCCGGGAGCCGCAGGCGCGACGGAGAGUAAAUCAUUCUUGUAAAGGCAUCGACGUCUCAGAACACACGCCUUCAGUUGAAGACCCUGAGGAGGGCAAGCCUGUUUCCGAAGUGGCGCAGAGCAACGGCCUCGGGAAGUCCUCAAGGGUGCUGAACGGCAGCGACACUGCAGCCAGCGACUCUGCCAGAGGGGUUCUGCACGCACUCGAGAAAGGGGGCAGCAGGGACCCUACACACGUGGUCCCGGACCCCACGGCUGGCAGCACCAGCAGUGGCGCGGUGCCGACCACGGAGGAGCCCAGGGUUGCCGCUGAGCAGGAGGCGCGAACAUGGCCAGAGAGGCCUGCUGCUCCGGGCCCCCCGGGUGGCGACUUGGAUUUUGACUUAUCCAGCGACAGUGAGAGUAGCAGCGGACCAGACGGUCAGAAAGUCUUGGCCUCUUCAGCCUCCGAGAGCGAGAGCGAGGAGAGGGGGGGCCAGAGACAGUCUGCUGCCCCCCAGGACAGGGCGGGGACCCCUCCGCAGGGAGGCGCCCCCGACCCCCAUGGGGAGAGGCCUGGCGGGGUGAAGCGCCCCGGGGAGGUGGGGUGCAGGGGCCGUGACUCCGACGGGCCGUGGGAGAGCGAGCAGGAGGGCCUCUGCGGGCUGGGGAACGGCUGUGCAGACCGCAAGGAGGCAGAGACCGAGUCCCAGAACAGCGAGCAGUCAGGCAUCACUGUAGGGGAGUCGCUGGACCAGAGCCUGGAGGAGGAGGAGGCUGCGGAGGAGGCUGCGGACCACGAUGACCACCUGGUGCACCUGGAGGAGAUCCUGGCACGCGUUCAUGCCGACUACUACACCAGGUACGACAGGCACCUGGGCCCGGAGGCUGCGGAAGCACCCGACGUGCGCAGGAUUGUGCCCGAGCUCCGGCGUAGGGUGCUGGCGGGCGUGGCCAUCGUGUUCAGCGGGCUGCAUCCCACCAGCUUCCCCGUGGAGAAGACGCGGGAGCACUACCACGCCACGGCUCUCGGGGCGAAGGUCCUCACGGAGCUGGUGCCAAGUUCAGAUGCCACCGACAGGGCCACCCACCUGGUGGCUGCCAGAGCCGGCACAGAGAAGGUGCGGCAGGCCCAGGAGUGGGCACACGUGCAUGUGGUCAACCCCGACUGGCUGUGGAGCUGCCUGGAGCGCUGGGAGCGGGUGGAGGAGCAGCUCUUCCCACUGAAGGACGACUACCUGGGGGCCCAGAGGGACAGCGGCCCCGCGGCUUUCCCUGACAGGCCGAGCGCCCUUCCGGCUGUCAUCCUGCCCCCCGCGCCCGCCCAGCCCAGGAGCCAGCCCGGCCCCGAGGUUCGCAUCUACGACUCUCACACCGGGAAGCUCAUCAGGAAGCGCCCGCCGGGCUCGGGGCCGCCCGCCCUCGACCAGGUGCCAGCGCCGCCUGUCCCCCUGCCGGUCCACGGGGAGCUCACCACCUUCAGAGUUGUUGAGCCACACCAACAGCAGACGUUUGGCGAAGAAUUGCCAGAUAACGGAGAUGGAGAGCAGCCUGGUCCUUCUAGAAGAAAGCGACAGCCCAGCAUGUCAGAAACUCUGCCGCUGUACACGCUUUGUAAGGAGGAUUUAGAGAGUAUGGAUAAAGAGGUCGACGACAUCUUAGGAGAAGGCAGUGACGAUAGCGACAGCGACAAGAAGAAGCCGGAAGAGGAGGACGAGGAGGAGGCGGCACGGGACGGCAGGAGCCCGGCGCGGGGGGCCGCCCCGGCACAGCGGGCAGGGUCUGCGGGGGCAGGCUGCGAGAGGAGCGCGGCCGGCGGCACGUCCAGAGGCCACAAGAGGAAGCUGAGGGAGGAGGAGGCCGCCAGCGCUUCGAGCAGCGAGGACGGGGACGGCAGCAGCUCGGAGGCUGACGAGAUGGCCGCGGCGCUGGAGGCCGAGCUCGGGGACUUCAUGUGACGCGUCAGCCGCCGCCGGGGCUCCCGCUCUCCAGGGCUCCACACACAGAAACACGUUAUUUUACAGAAGUGGGUGUUUUUAAGAAAUUUUACUACAGGAAAGUAUACUUUUUUAAAUGACAGAAGUAUUCCGGGGGAGUUGGUGUGCCACGCCAAAGAUUCUUCAGCUCAGCAGAACGUCACCAGCAGCGAGACUGGGGUCGGUCCUCGGAGUGAGUGGUUGGGGUUUUUUUUGUUUUUUUUGGGGGGGGGGUGUAUUUCCCUUUGAAUAUCACAGCAUAAUAUUUAGGGCAAAGAAUUGAGGGAUCAGACAAGACAUAAAAAAUGAUGUAGCAAGAACCUCAUAUUUUUGUCAAUGCUUUUUUCACAGCUAAAGCUACCAGCAUAUUAAAGGGUUUUUAAAUGGAACAGAACAAUUUAUAUGUGGAUGAAAUACUGAUGCCCCAUGAGCACCCCCUGACCCCCGACCUCCCCGGGGGAAGGUGUGACACCCGGGGGUCCCCACCUGCAGCCCCGGCACCUCGUCUCCCGGGGGGCUCCCUGAGGGAGCGUUCUCCCCCCUCGAGAGCUGACGUCAAGUUUUGUACACCUAUUUCGUACUUGACCCACCGAACAGAUUCUUCUUUCAUUUAAUAAAAAUGCUUUUUGUAAGUUC